AUGGCUCCACCAAGUGACAGAGGAGAAGUUUCAAAUUAUAAUGAUAAUGUGGAUACUUUAGUUGAUGAAGAAUUAUUAUUUGAUGUUAAUAAAGGAAAUAUAAUUAUAGGACCAUUAGCAGGAACAGAUAUUGUUGAUUAUGUAAGAAUGGAAAAUUAUAAUGACAUUACAAAUUAUGAGGAUUCAUAUAUAGCAAUAAAUUAUUUAUACAUUGCUUUAAAUGUUUCGUUGUUAUUAUUAAUUUUUACUACUUUAGUAAUAAUCAUUAAUUCUAUGUGUACAUUAAAACUUUUAAAAAGGAAAAUGAAGAGAAGAAUAGAAAAAUCUAAGAAUGGCAAUAACAAAGAAAAUUACAAGGAUGAGAAGUAUAAAGAGAUUGAGAACGAUUUAAUAAAUCUAAAAAAAUGUCUUCAUAAAAGACGUAAAAUAUUUUUAAGAAAAAGUUUAAAAGGUAAGAGUUUAGAAAAUCGACAAAAUAUCAUUGAAAUGGAUGAAAAAAAAAUGGCUGAAAUUAUUCAUACAUUGGCAAAAAAACCAAAACAAGAUGAAGGAUAUUUUAUACCAAAAGAAGCUAAAGGAAAUGAUAUAAUAAUGAUUGGAGAAGAUGAAAAUAUAUUAAUAUUAGACAAAAACAAUAAUUUAAGAAAAAAAUGA